AUGUCUACAUCCACUACCACCGGUCUCUUCUCCACCCUCCGGCCCAUGGGCCUCCCUCCGACGCCAAUCGUGUCGCUCUUCCUAACAUACGCCAUCAAUGUCGUCGCGACGCCUCGCAUGUAUUACUCCAGCAAGCUGUUAGGAGAAAACAACCAGGACCCCGCAUCUCUGCUCGCCCGCGCCGAGCAAGAAAAGGGCGUUGUCAGCCCCGAGCAGCGCACCAAGAUCAUUCGCUCCAAAGCCGCCGCCGCGAACCUGGCCGAGGCCAUGCCGCUGUACCUCGUCGCCAGCUUGGUUGGAUGGCUUGGCGGCGUCUCGCCUGAGGUUCAGAACUCCUACCAUGCCGUCUGGUUCCUCUCCCGCGUCGGCUACAAAUGGGCCUACCUGAAUGCAAAGGGCGAGGCACGGUCCGCCUUCCACAUGGUGGCUACAAUUGCUACCCUCUCCAUGCUCUUCGUUGGCGGCAAUGCUCUUCACGCCAAGACUGCCCUCUUCACGGCGUGA